GAGGGCAGGGAGCCCAAACUGCAGUUGAUAAAAUAAUGAAGGCAACAUGAGAAAGAGAAGGCAUCCCUUUCUUUCCUUAAGUGUGAAAGGUUUGAACACUAAGCAAGGCUUGGCUCUCUCUCUCUCUCUCUCUCUCUCUCUCCUUUUUUAAACCCACCAUCUAAUGUCUCCCACCCCAAACAUUCAUCAACAAAAACAAAACCAAACCAACUCCCACCCAAAAGGGUCACUCUUUUCAUCUUAUCCCUCACCCUCUUUCCGCUUUUGUCUUUCUAUUCCUUCUGUUUUCUCCUUCCUAACUCAAAAGGUAGAAAGAACAUAUGUGGCAAGCACAGGCCAGCAAAUCUUCUUAUGGAGAAUCUAUCAAAGCUCUUGAAGCUGACAUACAACAUGCCAAUAGCUUGGCAGCUGCUCUUCCCAAAGAUUAUGGUGGGAACUGCAUCCAAAUGAGAUUGUCUUAUAGCCCCUUUGCCCCCAUUUUCCUGUACUUCAUUGAAUGGAUGGAUUGUAGUUGCACCGAUAUACUCCCCAAUUAUUUAGGCCUUCUCCACAUACUUGUAUACAAGGUUUAUAUGGAUGGAAUGCCUUCAAUGUCCUCCAAAGAACAGAAGGUCACUUUAAGGGAGUUUUAUGCUGUAAUAUACCCUUAUCUUAGACAACUUGAAGGCGAGUUUAACGAACUGGAAGAUAAUAAUAAUAAUAAUAAUUACAAUAAUAAGAAAAGCCGAUGCACAGAUGUUUUGAGCCGAAAGAAGAUGGAAGGCUGGAGGAAGCUGUCAGAUAAAGAUCAAGAUAGAGAUGAUGAAUGUGGAAUAUGCAUGGAAAACUGUACAAGGAUGGUGUUGCCCAACUGUGGGCAUUCCAUGUGCAUCACCUGCUUCCAUAAUUGGAAUGCACGAUCACAAUCCUGCCCUUUUUGCCGUGACAGCCUAAAGAGAGUCAGCUCUAGAGAUUUGUGGGUUCUCACUAGCAACUGUGAUGUGAUUGAUACAGUUACCCUUGCCAAGGAGAACCUAAGACGUUUCUAUCUUUAUAUUGAAAAUCUACCUGUAGUUGUGCCUGCAACACAUGUUGUGGUAUAUGAUUACAUGCUCUGACCUACAGAGGAAGAAUGAAGUUGCAAGCUACACAAAAUGCUGAAUGCCCUACUGUAUAUAGUCUAAAAUAGGGAAGUUCAAUGUAAACUACCAUGGCAGGUUGAGCAGGUGUUUCAUGGUAGCUGUAUAUAGUAAACUGAAAUACCGAAUGCCUGUUUUUAGGCGAUGAGAAGGUAGCUUUGGAGAUUCUUGAGUUACAUCAAGGAGUAGCUUGCCAGCCUCCAGUGACAAAGGCACCUUCAAGUCUGGCAACAGCACUGAAAAUACUAGGAUUGAUAUGUAUAACCGGUAUGCCUGGCAUUCAUCUCAGCUUUUUGGAACCUGAGUGUUGGAAUGGAAGGCAAGUAAUUUCCUAGUACUAAUGGUUUCUGGCCAUUACUCCAUGAUAUGUUACAACUUAAUGAGAAAACUUACAAUAUCCAACACUUUUUA